AUGAUAACUCUCGAAAGAUGUCUACGAAAAUAUGAAAAAUCCUACGCUAAAUUGGAUGAUUCCAAUAAGUGGGUACUCACAACCGGAACCGUUGUGGAAGACGCUCUUUAUAACUUCGGCCUACGUUGUAAAUAUGAACAUCUUGCUCAUUCGUUUGUCUUGGACCCUGACGAUGAUACUUACUUGAAGGAAAAUGUUUUCACUGAAAGCGCAUUACGCGAAAUUCGCGAUUUCAAGUCAAGAAAACGCCAUUGUUGCCUCCUGACUUGA